CUGGGGUUUGUAAAUGACCCUGAUCAUAAAAUGGAAAUUUGGUUUUGGAUUCUUGGCUGGUCUCUUUCCAUUCUGGCCAUAUCUGGAAAUGGAUUUAUUAUCUUUCUUUUUUGGAGCAAACGACAGCUUCGUACCAAAACCAACGUGUUUAUUGUGUCACUCGCAAUAGCAGACGUUUGUGUUGGGAUUACAGCUGUUAAUUCGCGGUUUGUGUGUGAGAUGGUUAAUGGCUGCGAAAGUUCAACAUCAAUCGAGCAUAUUUCAUGGGCCAUUAGGGGCUUGUUUAUUUACGUGUCCGUGACAAACCUUUGCAGUUUAGUCGUGGAUCGCUACAUUGCUUUAGUAAAACCUUUGAGAUACUUGACAUUUAUGGCGCGUCGCCGAGUCGUUCAAAUGGUUUCUUCAUCCUGGGCGAUUCCGACCACCCUUGUUACUGUUAUCACAAUAGAUAAGCUUGUUUUUAAAGUGAACCCAAUUCUAUUCUACCUUUUUACUUGUCUGGUAAUGAUUUUAGAGUUUUUUCCCGGUGUAAUUUUAAUAUUUUGCUAUGUAUCCAUGUUAAAAGUUGUAAUUAAGCACAUACGGGGUGCUCGUUCGUUGGCAAAACAAUUAAGUUUCAACCAUCGGAUUUUCUUUAAAACUCAGGAGAAGUCUGCUGUUAUAAUGAUGGGUAUUGUGAUAAGUCUGUUUCUUGUGUGUUACGGGAUCUACUUGCGAUGUAGUUUAGUUUUUUUGUUGAAUAAUAACGAAUCAUGUUAUGAUGAUGAAUAUAAAAUUCCUGUUUUAGUGUUAAACUCCGCCAUCAACCCUUUGGCGUACUCUUUCUUUAAGAGAGACAUAAACAAGGAGGUAAAGAGACGCCUCUGUUUUGCCUCUUUGAUGAAGCGAAACAACAAUCAUCCUCAAAGUGUGAACUGA